UGUGUGUUGUUUGGAAAAUUCUGCAGCACACACAGACACAGCCCAAAGGUCACGAGAGAAGAAAAAUCACUGAAUUGAGGAAAAGAAGCAGCAACAAAAAAAAAUAGAGGAAGAGUUUGUUGAUGAGAAUUUUCUCCCCCACGCAAAAAAAGCGAGCGAGAGAGACUCCAAGUUUUUAGAACAAAAAUUUUUGAUUUCAGUCUUGCUGAAAACGUCCGAAAUACACAAAUUGUAUACUGAGGGAGCCGCACGAGCCGUCGUGCUCCACCAGUCGGAAUCCAACUCUAGUGAAAGUCGCUCAGGAUACGCAGUUCACGCACAAUGUGUCGCUGUACGUCCCAGUACGGGGAGAAAAAGUGAAAGUACCUUGGUGGCCCACGAGGGCUCCCGCCCCCACAAGGACCUCAUUCACGCGUAAUAAGUUUUCCCGAGUGGACACGUGCGAAAGGAAUUACGACGAGGUGUGUGUGCUUGCAAAAAGUGCCGAAAAGGAAUAAUGAGUGAAACAGAUCCACAUAAUGAGUUGUUGGAGCAAUUGAAGAAAUUCGAUCCGAAUGAUUGUGAAAGGGAGACAUUUACCCGCAAAAUCCAACGGAUCUGGAAGUCGUUCAACGUGAAAAAAGCCCUCGGUCACAUUGGUUUAUUCGUCUCGCUGGCAAUCUAUUGUGGAGUCGGGGGAAUUGUAUUCCGGGAACUGGAGCUACCAGCCGAAAGAGCACGUGUUGUGGAGUUGCGUGACAUUGUGCGGGAAAAACGACUCAAUUUCCUCACAGCAAUUGCCAAUAAUACCGAUGUGAGGAACUUGGAGCGACUAAUAUCGAUGGAAUUAGCAAAGUAUGAGAUUUCAGUGCAGGAAGCCGUUGAAGGUGGUCUAGUGAUCUCCAUUGAUGACGAUUUUCCCGCUGAUGAGGAGAAAUGGAGUGUAAUGCAAGCUGUUUUCUUCUCAUCCACCGUUCUAACAACAAUUGGAUACGGCAACAUUGCCCCAGUGACGUCAUCAGGAAGAAUCUUCUGCAUGUGCUUUGCACUCAUUGGAAUUCCACUCACACUGUCGGUUAUUGCUGACAUGGGACGCCUCUUUGCAACAGCAGUCUCAACUGUUGCUAAAAGUUUACCUUCACUGCCAAAAUGGUGUCGUGCCAAGGAGGACGCCGACUUUUCCAGCAGAAGAUGGUUAUAUGCUCUGUCUGCAGUGGGCUUCCUGGGACUCUAUUUGGCCAUUGGAGCUGCUCUCUUGAUUCAGUGGGAGGAGGAUUGGACAUUCUUCGAUGGCUUCUACUUUUGCUUCAUCACAAUGACGACAAUUGGUUUUGGUGACGUUGUUCCUCAGAAACCAAACUACAUGCUGCUCUGUACGUUGUACAUUUUGGUUGGAUUAGCUCUAACAUCCACAAUAAUUGAGCUAGUUCGACGGCAGUAUGCACAGAGUUGGCAGAAGCUACAAGCCCUUUCGGGACCUCUGGCGGAAACUCUACGGCGUCUGGGUGCAUCAGGUGGUGCAAGUGGGCUGGAUGUCUCAGCACUGCAGAAUGACCUAAAGCGCGUACUAACUGUAUCAAUGCCAAGAAGGCAUGGCUUCAGUGGACCCAGUUCCGAUGGCGAUGAUCAGGAAAUGGCGGCUCUCGAGGCAAUCACCAAUGCCAUUCUGCAAGAAGUCAAGGAGGCAGCACACCAAGCCCACAAGCAGCAUCCCAAAGUUGUACAAAUAGUUAUAUAUGAGUCAUCUGUCUAAUGAUCCAUACAUAAUACAUGUCGCGCGAUUAUAUAUUCAAACUGUCUAGUCUGGUUUGCGAGGAAAUCACAAUUUUCUAAAUGCACACACAUUACAACACGCAUUUUAUGUAACUUAUAGUCACGAUUAGAAGUAAAUAUAAUGUAUAAAAUUGUCUUUAUAAUAUUUAGAUGCAAUUGAGAUUUAUUAUUAUAUAUAUAUUAGUGGUUAAAAUAAAAUGAAAUCUUUUAUAA